GGGGGAGGAAAACGAACUGGAUGCGUUGGGUAGGGGCGCGCCUGCGGAAAACCCGCCAUCUAUGCCCGGAGAGUCCGGUUUUCCCAGAAAAGCUUGCUAUGGGAGCGGUGUGCCUGGGGUUCCUGCGCUUAGAAUGGAGUCCCAUGGAAAUCUGAUGCACAAACCAGAGGCUUGAGUUGCUCCUGCAACUCCCGAGUCCAGAACCAACCAAGCGCGGAUAAACAGAUCAUGAGGUCAGUGUGGGCCUCCCUCCCCCAACACCGCUGGCUGUUUCUGGUGAUGCUUUUUCUUGAGGCUAUGGGCGAAGACCUACUAUUUGACCCUGACUGGGGCUUUGACUCAUAUGAAAUCACCAUUCCCAAAGUACUAAGCUUUAGGAAAGGGGCACGGGAUAUAAACAGUUCUUUGUCAUACCUCUUACAGAUAGAAGGCAAGGAGCAUGUCAUUCACCUGCGGCCCAAGAAGUUACUGUUACCCAGACAUCUGCCAGUUUUCUCCUUCACCCAAGAGGGCAGUCUGGUAGAGGAUUACCCACAUAUACCAGACCAGUGUAAUUAUGUGGGCUCUGUGGAAGGCUCUCAGGAAUCCGAAUCUACUCUGAGUACAUGCAUGGGGGGUCUGCGAGGCGUCUUGAGCAUCGACUCCAGAUACUACCAAAUUGAGCCCCUCAGGGCCUCUUCCAGUUUUGAACAUGUAGUGUAUCUUGUAACUGACGACAACUUUAGCAAUGAGACUUGUGGUGUGGUUGAUGAAGAAACAGGUGGGCAAACAGCAGAGGAAGAGGAAAUGGCUCGGAUAAAGAACUUCCAUGACUCCUACAAGCACCAAAGAUACUUGGAACUGGUCAUGGUCUUUGACUGGAGUAGAUUUGUGUUUACCGGUAGCAAUAUGUCUAGAAUGGUGGAUGACGCCAUUCUUUUGGCUUCAAUUGCAGACACUUACUUUCAGGAUGUCAGCUUGAAGAUUCAGCUGAAAGCACUUGAAGUCUGGACCCAUUAUAACAGAAUCCGUCUUUAUUAUCCUGAAUUAUCUCAAGUUUUAGGUCAAUUCGUACUUUACAAGAGAGCCUCACUGCAUCACCGGCUUCCCUCAGACUGGGUACAUUUAUAUGUUGCGAGAAAAUAUUCAGAUGCUACUGCAUGGUCCUGGGGAAGAGCAUGUGAAGAAUACCACGCUGGAUCAGCAAGCAGCUUCCUCAAUGUUAAUAUCCUUGGACCUGCUACUUGGACUGCUCAUGAAAUGGGCCACUGUGUGGGGAUGCACCAUGAUGAGGAAUUCUGUCAGUGCAGGGGUAGAAAGAGCUGCGUCAUGGGGACAGGACGUACAGGGUUUAGUAACUGUAGUUACCAUCAGUAUUUUUUACACGCAUCUUAUAAAAUGUCCUAUUGUCUAUCUGACUUUCCAAAGCUGCAUAUAGUAGAGAGAUGUGGAAAUAAAAUUGUGGAAAACCAAGAGGAAUGUGACUGUGGCUCUGAAGAAGACUGCAAACAGGACCUGUGCUGUGGGCCAGACUGUAAAUGGAAAGAAGGUGUCAACUGUUCCAGUGGCCUUUGCUGUCAUAAGUGUAACUUCCUUCCAUCGGGAUAUGUGUGUAGGAAGGAAGUGAACGAAUGCGACCUCGCAGAGUACUGUGAUGGGACCUCAGGUUCCUGUCCAGAUGACCAUUACAAGCAGGAUGGGACUCCGUGCAGAUACAGAGGCUUUUGUUUCCAUAAGGGAUGCAGAUCCAGGUUCAUGCAGUGCCGGACCAUUUUUGGACGUAGAGCCAAGGAGGCUCCUCCUCAGUGUUACGAUGCAGUUAACAUGUUAGGUGACCCAUCUGGGAACUGUGGCAUUGUAAAUGCUACUAGAUAUACAAGGUGUCACAGAGGCAACACACUCUGUGGCAGGCUACAGUGUACAAAUGUUAAAACCCUCCCCAAACAUCCAGAUCACACCCUUCUACUGUCCACCUAUCUGAGGAGAGAUAAUCUUAUUUGCUGGGGCACAAGCUAUCAUGGAACCAUGAUACCCCAUGGGGUACCUGACAUAGGUGACGUUAAUGAUGGUACCUCCUGUGGUAGUAACCAGGUGUGUCUUAACAGGACUUGUGUUAGCUACACCACCCUGAAUUUCGACUGUUUGCCUAGCAAGUGCAAUAGCCGAGGUGUUUGCAACAAUAGAAAGAAUUGCCAUUGCAAGUAUGGCUGGAAACCCCCAUUCUGUGAGGAGGUAGGAUACGGGGGAAGCAUUGACAGUGGGCCUCCUGGACCCAGAGCAGAAGCAUCGUUUGACCCUCUGUAUCUGUUGCGCACUAUUUUAUUCAUCGGCUCCAUGAUCCUUGUGUGUUUGGGGCAGCUGAUGAAAAAUUGGUUUCGUUAUCGCCGGGAAAAAAAAACAGCUGAGACUUAGGGGAAGAAGAGGUGAGAGGGAGGGACUGAGAGGCGAGGAGGGAAGGGGAAUUGUGAUCAGGAUGUAAAGUAAAUACACUAACGAAUGAAUGGAAAAAUAAUCCCUUUGUUUUGUAUUCACACAGGGGUUACUUUGGCACCUUGAGUGGCAGUUUUGCUUUCAUGGCUCAUGUUAGAGUCCUACUAGCUGCAAUACAUUGUAGUGGGACUUUCUGGAUCCUUCAGUUAAAGGACGACACAGAGACUUAUUAAUUUUUAUGAUGGCUUAGGCCUUUAGCUGGGCAGACUCUGAGCUAGCUCAGUCUAAAUUGAUGUGACUAUUCUAGCCCACAAUCUGCCACGUGCCUAGUUACCUCUCUGCGUCUGCUCCCAUCCGGUCACCUCUGUGUCCUGCUGGUGAAUCCCUAUUUCUAAUGUUUUUCUCCCAGAGACCUUUUCUCAGCUCAGAAGUCCCGUCUUCCCCUUCCUGCCCAGCUGUUACCCACCCGCUCCUUAUUAAGCCAAUGGACAAGUGAGGGAGGUGAAUGGUUAUGAAGUAUGAGGCAGGGGAUGAACCACAAGAACAGUUCUCAGCUCUCUGCUGGUAUAGAUGGUUGGAUAUACAGAAAAACCCUACACACAGUGCACCCCAACAAUACACAGGUCUUGCUUGGGAUCCAUAUUCAAGUAUCUAAUCAGUGCUAUAAAGCUGGGUUACAACAAUAAUUUGAGGUUCCUCUGCUGAUCCCUGAUGUAAUUCUUAGGCUUCCUUCUCAAAAACAAAACUAUAAAAACUCCCCAGGAGCAGAGUACAACAGAAUGUGGUUAAAUCUGUACCAUAAAUUCCUUCCUAAUAGUAAUAUAAUUUACUUACACUAUCUUUUGUUAAGCCACCCUUUUAAGGCCAUUAAAAUAUAAAAGAUGAUUCAAAUGUUUAAAAAAAAAAGCAAAACCAAAACAAAAACAGUCAAGACUCUAUCUAAAACAAACAAUGUCAGGUCACAAACAUGACCAGCCAUCCUGUCAUCUAAUACAUUGGUCAUUUAGCAAGUUCAUCAUUUAUUCAAAUGACUCUUUAUUCUUUUCCCAGAAUGAUGUCACACAAAUUUCCCAUAUAUUUCAAAUCAGCAAAAAUAAAUGAUAUUAUU